GAUUUAUCAAUAAAUGUGAUCUUAAAAAUAUGUAUAGCUUUGAUUAAUUCUCCGGUAACAUUAUAUUUCUCAUCUAUUGCUAAAAGUUGAUGUUAGUUCAAUAUGGAAAGAAAAAGAUAUAUUUCCUUCAUUUUUCUCUUUGUCUCGAUACUAGAAGUAAACUCGGACUAUUUGGAUUCUUGUGCCACUAAGGCGUGUUCCAACAUAGAGCCAGAUAAAAUAAAUGUUCAUCUGAUUCCACAUUCUCAUGAUGAUGUUGGAUGGUUAAAAACUAUUGAAGAUUAUUUCUAUGGAGAAAGAAACGAUAUACACAACGCUGGUGUACAAUAUGUCUUGGAUUCUGUUUUACAAGCUCUUAGGCAAAACGACAAAAGAAGAUACAUACAAGUUGAGACAGCCUUUUUCUGGAAAUGGUGGCAAAUCCAACCGGAAAACAAAAGAGAGUUGUUCAAAAAAUUCGUUGACAAUGGGCAGAUUGAAAUGGUUGGAGGAGCAUGGUCAAUGAACGACGAAGCCUGCGUUAACUAUCAAUCAACUAUCAACCAAUUUACAUGGGGUCUAAGGCUACUCAACGAUACUUUAGGUGAAUGUGGACGUCCCAAGGUUGGAUGGCAAAUAGAUCCGUUUGGCCAUAGCAGAGAGCAAGCCUCGUUAUUUAAACAAAUGGGAUAUGAUGCCAUAUUCUUUACACGUCUAAGCCAAGAUGAUAGAUUGGCUAGAAAACAUACACAAGAUUUGGAGUUCCUGUGGACGAGCAAUGAUAAUUUUGAGGACAGCAAUAUAUUCACCAGUAUUAUGGACAGCUAUUAUGCACCAAGUGAUUUCUGCUGGGAUUAUCUUCAGUGCAACUCAGACGCCAUCAACGAUGAUCCUGACAGUUUUGACUUUAACUUAGAUAAAAAGGUUGAAGAGUUUGCUGCUCAUAUUGCAAACUAUUCUUCAUAUUUUAGAACCAACAACAUUUUGUAUGCCAUGGGUGGCGAUUUUCAGUAUCAAGCAGCUGAAAUUAAUUAUUUAAAUAUUGACAAGCUAAUAAAAGGUUUCCAAACGUAUCCCGAAUACAACAAAACAUACAACGUCUUUUAUUCCACUCCUUCGUGCUAUGUAAAGGCAGUCAAUCCAGCUAAUGCUCAAUUGGAUGUUAAAAAAGAUGGUGAUUUCUUCCCAUAUAAUGAAAACAAUCAUAUCUUCUGGUCUGGUUACUAUACAUCAAGGUCUACGCUGAAGAGGUUUGAAAGAACUGGAAACAAUAUUUUACAGGCUGCCCAGCAAAUCAAUGCUUUUGGAAAAAUGAUGAACUUUGUCGAUGGAGAUCAGGCUGAAGAAAAUUUACGCAGUUUGAGGGAAGCUGUGGGUACCAUGCAGCACCAUGACGCAAUUACCGGAACGGAGAAAGAACGGGUUGCCAAAGAUUAUUCGAGAAUUUUAACCAGUGCUAUUAGGACGACCGAAGAAAAUAUCGGAGGAAUUAUAGGGAAAAUUCUUAAAAAAGAAAAUGCUACAGAUAUUAAUCUACCAUUAUCGACAUGCUUACUAGCUAAUAUUAGUGUUUGUGAAGACACAAUGAAGGAUCGUUCUAUUAUAGUGCUUUAUAAUCCUCUGCCACGAUUCGUAUGGUACGAUAUAAGAGUACCUGUUCAAAAUGCAAACUUUACACUUACCGGUUGUUAUGGUGAGGAAGACUUUGAAAUUGUUAAACAUAUGAAGUAUCCAUUGGAAUUCAACACAACAAGUGAAUAUGAACUUGUAAGUCACCUGCAACUUCACCCGAUGGGACUAAAAGUAUUUUAUUUGGAAAAAACUAGCAAUAAAUCAGUGGCUUUAGAAACUAAGUACCUUUCAGGAAACAAAACUUUCACUUUACAAAAGGAGAACAUGAAAUUAACAUAUGAUAAAACAACUUCAAAACAGAAACUAACAACAAGCAAAAAAACUGAAAAUAUUGUUCAAGAAUUUUUAUAUUAUCGCAGCAAUAAUGGUUCAGCUGAUAAUAUUACCUCAGGAGCGUACAUUUUCAGACCCGAAAGUGGUACUCAAGCCGUACUCAUUCCAGAAGAUUCAGACGAAGUUGGUUAUAUUCAAGGAAAUAUAGUAUCAGAAGUACAACAACGUUUUGGAAAGUAUGUAGUACAGACGAUGAGGAUGAUGUCUGAUAGUAUCAAUGGUGUGGAUUUGGAGUAUAUUGAAUAUGAUUGGAUGGUAGGCCCACUGGAUAACACUACAGUCGAUACGGUUCACAGCAUCGGAAAAGAAAUAGUUAAACGUUACUAUAUCGAGGAAAUUAAAAACAACAAGACCUUUUACACUGAUUCCAAUGGCAGACAAUUAAUUAAAAGAAUAAGAAAUGAUCAUGAAUUCCACGAUGAUGAUGUAGAAGCUGCUUCGUCUAAUUAUUAUCCAGUUACGUCAAAGAUUUCUAUAGAAGACAUCAAAAGUGACUUAAAGCUCUCCAUAUUAACUGACAGAUCACAAGGAGGAACGAGUUUAAAAGACGGGGAAGUAGAAUUAAUGCUCCAUCGAAGGACUUUAAAGGACGACUACAAAGGUGUAGAGGAACCUCUACAAGAAAUGGAAUUUGAUAAUUAUAUUGUCGUUAGAGGUUCGCAUUACUUGACAAUGGGUUCUUCAGGAGUUUCUAAAUAUGAAAGGAUUCUGGCUCUUAACAAAUUAACACAACCAUGGGUGCUAACAGCUGAUGCUACUUCUGAAGACUUAUCUCUAGAACAACUUCAAAAGAAUAUUAACUUCGAGUGGACUGGUCUACAAGAAUACGAUGGUUAUCGUGGACUAGAUUGGCAAGUUAACAUUUUGAAUUUCGAGCCAUGGAAAGAUGAUACUUAUCUUUUGCGAUUGGAACACAUUUUUUCGUAUGAUGAAGACACAGAAAUGGCAGAAAAAGUAACAGUAGAGUUAAAGAAUUUGUUCAGACCGUACUUAAUUUCAUCAAUAAAAGAAUUGAGUCUCGGAGCCAAUCAGGAGAUCGAAGCGGAUUUUGAGGAUUAUAAUUAUCAAAUUACCUUGGGACCAAUGAAGAUAAGAACUUUUUUGGUAACAUUUGAAAAGCAAAAUCCCAAACAUAUGGAUGCUUUAUAAAAAAAUAUUAAAACUUUAAAACCCAACCAUAAACAUUCUGCAAUGUAUAAAAAUAAAUAAUUGUAUUUAGCAGGUCCUUAUUUUAGUACACAUUAAUGUAUUAAUCUGUAUUUUAUUAACCCCUAUGUUAUAAGUUACUAUUAAACAUAGUUUUUCAAUACAAA